GAAUUGUCAGUGCGUGUAUGAUAGUAAGGUCAUUCGGUUUGUUGCCGCGGAACGUGAACAAGCUAUUUGGAACCUGAGAGCGUGUGCAGGAUAUCGCGUGUAUUCCUCGAAACGAUCGUGAACAGGACAAUGUAAUCGAGGGGAGGAUCGUUUCGCCGAACAUUUACAUAGAGCGUUGUAACGUGUCAAGAUGUGCGAAUAGUAAAUUUCGACAGGGAGAUGCUUCGAGAGAAACGCGGUGUGCUGUAACCCGUUAGUUUUCUUGUCAAGAAAAGACGCGAAAGUACCGGUUGGUUUUCCUGGUUCGAUUUAGUUGUGCUCUUGACGUGAUGAGAGUUCGAAUACGUGGGGGACAAUAGUGUGUCUCCCCUUUUGCUUCCACAAAAGCGUUAAACAAGGCCACGUGGACCACGUUGGGAGCCUGGAAAAAUAUGUGCCAGCAUGUCCGAGGUCGGUGUGCCAGAAGCAGCGAGCGACGAGAUCGACAGACAGGGGUCGCUUUACGUGUUCCCGGGGCCGGGUCGUCAGCAUUAUCCCGGCUCGGCGUCGUUACAGUCGACGACCGCCACUGUUCCCGAUGCCUCGACCUCCGUUCCCACGAGCAUCCCUUCGUCGAGUGCGUUCGCGAAGAGCAAAACCGAGAACGAGAACGUGGACGAGGAGAUCGCCGCACGAGGCAGACGAAGAUCGUGCUCGAGAACUCAUGCCAGGUCGGCCAGCCACGGCGGAGUGUUGGCGGAAUGUUUGACGAAUACGGGACUGCAGCCACACGCGGGCUCCUACCUGGGUCCCCUGUCCGCGAUCGGUGGUUCGAGGCCCUCAGCUUUGAAGAAACCCGGCCAUCAGAGAGCGUUCAGUCAGGGUCAGGUGAUCGAUGUGCAGGGACACUCGGUCAUGGGGCACAGCCGUGUAGGAUCCAGAACAGAUUUUAUACUUCCGCCCGGUCACAGGGAGGAUUCGAGGCCACCAACCGCUGGGAAAGUGCCCUCAUUUCGAGGCCACUCACGCCAAGCAUCCAGAUCGGAGUCGAUAUACACGAUAAGACGUAGCGCUGAACCUCCCUGGUGGAGAAGACUCUGGGCUCGAUGCUUCGGUCCGUUACCAGAGGAACCUCGUUUAAGGACCAUAGUACCGAAUCACUUAGUGCCGCCAAAAACACCGCCAAGUCAGCAUCCUAAUAGCAAGAGAGUGAACAAUAGAGUACGUACAACAAAAUAUACCAUACUGAGCUUCCUACCUCGCAAUUUUCUCGAGCAAUUUCGCCGUGUGGCCAACAUAUAUUUUGUAUUUAUCGUUCUACUUAAUUGGGUGCCAGCCAUAAAUGCCUUUGGCAAGGAAGUUUCCGUAAUACCCAUAAUGUUCGUGCUUGGUGUGACGGCGUUGAAAGAUUAUUUCGAGGAUCACCGGAGAUUUAUCAGUGAUCGACGCGUAAAUAAUUCCACCUGUCGCGUUUACGUUCGCGAAGACGACAGGUAUGCAAAGGUGGCGUGGAAAGACGUGAAGGUCGGUGACCUGGUUCACCUCUCGAAUAACGAACUCGUACCGGCCGAUGUUCUACUCCUGCGAAGCAGCGAUCCUCAGGGCGUAGCGUACCUCGAUACGUGCAAUCUCGACGGUGAGACUAAUCUGAAGGAACGACAGGUUGUCAGAGGAUUCGUGGAUCUGCAGGACACCUUUCAACCGGCCAAGUUCCGAUCUGUGAUCGAGGUCGAUCAACCGAGCACUAGGAUAUAUCGGUUUCACGGUGCCGUGGUUCACCCGAACGGUGGUAGAGUACCUGUUUCUACGGAAAAUCUUUUACUCAGGCAAUGUUUAUUGAAAAAUACCGACUUCGUCGAAGGCAUAGUGAUAUACGCUGGUCACGAGACGAAAGCGAUGCUUAACAACGGCGGCCCUAGAUAUAAGCGCUCACGAUUGGAGAAACGGAUGAACAGCGACGUUAUAUGGUGUGUGGUGAUUCUAGUGGUAUUAUGCGUGAUAGGCGCCAUAGGUUGCCGAGUUUGGCUUUCCGAUUUUUCCGAUCAAACGUUCGUCCCAUUCAUUCCGAUCGUCCAAGAUCCAAAUUACGAGAGUAUGCUAACAUUCUGGACGUUUGUUAUCAUUCUGCAAGUAAUGAUACCAUUGAGCCUUUACGUCACUAUCGAAAUGGCGAAAGUGGGCCAGGUUUAUCACAUCGGACACGAUAUUGCCCUUUAUGACGCGGAGACGGGACGCUCGGCUGAAUGUCGCGCGCUCAAUAUCACGGAGGAAUUAGGUCAGGUGCAGUACAUAUUCUCUGAUAAAACUGGCACGCUCACGGAAAAUAAAAUGCUAUUUAGGCGGUGUGUGGUGGGAGGACAGGAUUAUUCGCACAGCGGAGACAAUGAGAAUUUGAUACCUUCCUCUCGACUGAAGGAAGAUCUUCUUAUAGGUACAUUUAGGCAUCAUUUACAAGAAUUCCUAAUCGUAUUAGCGAUAUGUAAUACCGUUGUGGUCAAUUCUCAACCACAUUAUGACACCAUGAACUCCAGCGGAGUGAUCGAAGAACCGCAGAAGAAUGGCGAAGAACGUGGAAGAUACACAAGAAUGAUAGACAGAAGUUUAACUCCUUCGCCAAUUAUUCCUCUGUCUGCGUUGUCUCAUCCGACCAAUAGUCUCGAUGAAAAUGUGUCAUCGAUUUCUUCGAUAGUUGAAAUAGAAUCUGUGCUCCAUAAUUCUACCAAACUAUCGAAUAAAUUGUCAAGGCCAAAAUUCCUCAACGUGACGUCAAUACCAAGUUUAGGAAUGGGGUUGUUAGGUAGAAAAUUGUCUCCAAACGGGCAACACAAGAGACGCACUCCGCUGAGUCCCGUUAUCGAUGAGAGCGGGAAGAGUAGAGACGAAUUGUUACCUGCGGCUGCAAUUUACGAAGCGGAAAGUCCGGACGAGCUCGCUUUGGUGAAUGCUGCGCGUGCUUAUAACGUGAAACUUCUUAAACGAACGGCACGUAGCGCAAUUGUUUCUUUGCCGGAUAAAUCCAUUCUUACUUUUGAAAUUCUUCAUGUUUUGCCAUUUGACUCCAACAGAAAGUGUAUGUCUAUUUUGGUACGGCACCCUAUCACUAACGAGUUAGUGUUGUAUAGCAAGGGUGCUGAUACAGCGAUUCUAUCGUCUCUGACUCCGCAAGAUGAAAAUUCUAUAACAACAAUAAAAAGUCGACAAUAUCUUCAAUCAUACGCGCGGCAAGGUCUUCGAACUUUGGUAGUGGCUAAAAAAUCUCUGACAGCGCAAGAAUACGAUAACUGGCGCCAAAUGCAUUCUGAGGCAGAACUCGCAAUGGAAAAUCGUGAAAUCCGCAUUAAAGAUUCAUACGCGAAUCUAGAAUGCCAUCUGACUUUACUUGGUGCUACAGGAAUUGAAGAUAAACUUCAAGCUGGAGUACCUGAAACUAUGGGCACUCUUAUGGCAGCAGGGAUCGUAGUUUGGGUUUUAACAGGAGACAAACCAGAAACCGCAGUUAACAUUGCGUACUCGGCACGUCUCUUUUCUCCUGCAAUGCAAUUACUGUGGUUGCAAGCAAGAUCCAAGUCUGUUGCUGAAACCUUAAUUCAUGGAUAUUUAGAAUCUGCACGUAAAGAAAGUACAGUUCAAGGAAUGGAUAACAUUAGGGAAAUUACAAUGUUUAAUCGUGAUGCGGCAGAAAAUGAUGCACAUAGGAUAGACAGUCCAUGGCCGAAGCAACGUGCGCUCAUUGUUGACGGCAAAACUUUAACCGUUAUUCUUGAUCCACGGUCAGGAUUAACUCGAUUGUUUCUCGAGUUAACGAAAACGUGUUCCAGUGUAUUGGCCUGUAGAGCCACGCCUCUUCAGAAGGCAUAUAUCGUACGCAUAGUAAAGGAACAGUUAGGAAUGAGGACUUUGGCAAUUGGUGAUGGUGCCAAUGAUGUUAGCAUGAUUCAAACCGCAGAUGUAGGAGUUGGUAUCUCUGGACAAGAAGGUACACAAGCUGUCAUGGCUGCGGACUUUGCCAUUUCACGAUUCUCAAUGCUUAGCAGACUUCUUUUGCUGCAUGGUCAUUGGUGUUACGACCGUUUGUGUAGAAUGAUCUUAUACUUUUUUUAUGAGAACGCUACUAUCGUUUUCGUCCUAUUUUGGUAUCAGCUAUACUGCGGAUUUACUGGAACAGUCAUGAUGGACCAAAUUUAUCUAAUGCUCUACAAUUUAAUGUUUACCUCUAUGCCACCACUUGUAUUAGGCAUAUAUGAUCGAGUGGCUUCUCCCGGUGUUUUGUUGUCUAACCCUCAUCUGUACAAAAGAGGACGCCUUGGACUUGUAUACCAGACAUAUACAUUUUGGAUAACCAUUGCUGAUGCUUUGUAUCAAAGUAUCGUCAUUUUUUUUGUUAAUGAGGGUGUAUACUAUGAUUCAACUAUUGACAUUUGGGAGUUUGGAACAACUGUAAUGACUUGUUCUGUUGUUGUUAUGUUGACCAAUAUUGCCAUAGAAAUUAGAUCUUGGACGAUAAUUCAUCUUCUUGCCGUAAUGGGAUCACUAGGAGUAUUUUUCGGUUUCUGUUUAAUUUAUAACGUGGUUUGCGUUAAUUGUAUGGGUCUCCUAUGUUCGUAUUGGGUAAUGGAAAUGGCUAUCAUGAGAUAUACAUACUGGCUUACAGUAUUACUUACCUGUGUUCUAGCAUUGAUGCCUAAGUUAUUUUGUAGAACCAUAAAAUCGACAAUAACUCCCGAUUUUAUGCAAAGUGCCACGUUGAAUGCACCAUCAAAAAGUGGUAGCCAUAGACAACGAAUCGCUGAGAGAAGUGAAAAUAGUUUCAUUGCUGGUUGGUCACGAUCAACGCAGCAUGCUACUAUAAGAUUUCUCCGAUUUGUUAUGUUUCAGAACUGGGACUAAACACGAUACGUUGACAACUAUCGUUGCAUGACAUAUCUUAAAAAUUCAAAUAAGACUGUCGGCACAUUGUAAAAUAAUAAUUAAGACUAUUAAUAGUGCUGUUUCAUCAAAAUUAUUAGGACAAAAUCAACGUCCUUUGUCGCAUUUUAAGCUGUACUGUUCCUAAGGAUUGUAAAAAUAUUGUCAAGGAAUGUAUUAUUAAUUUUAAUAUGCAUUUUUCCAUCAGAAAUAUGCUGUACCUUAUCGAAACUAUAUUAGUCAUCGAAAUCAUCGUUCACGAUCGUUUUCGUUAUUCAUCGAGUGGCCUUAAAUCCAGACUGCUACUGUUUAUUGCAUUUUAUGGCUGUGACUUUUAGGGACCAAAACAAUCCAGUAGUAAUAUCAAUGUCAAUUGAUUGAAAGGUUCAUUCGGACUCAUUUAUACGCGCGUGUCCGAGUUGUACAUGGAAUCAAUUAAUAAUUUAUUCAGGUUGCAACUGUUCUCUUAGAAAGGAAUGUAAAAGAGUCUAUAUUAUAAGAGUGUAAACAACAGUUUAAAUGUAUAUUAUCUUCUAUGAAGUUCAUAUUAUAUAAGUUACAAACUCGCGUUAAUCAUACGAGUGUAAUGCAUGUGAAUUUUACACUCGUGAUUCUAGUACUGUAAUUUUAGAAGUGUAUGUACGAUUCGCCAGCAUAGAGGUUCUAUUAAACGUGUAUAAUGGAUGUCAUGACAACACCUUACCGUUCUUAACAUAGUAUUUUGAUAAAUGAUUAAGAAAACUCUACGUGUACAUAGUCAUAACCAGUAAAACCGUGUGUUCUAUAAA